AUGCCCGAGUUCUCACUACUCAUCCUCCCACAUGUUCUUUCCCUCCUCGUGGUUCUCGACCGCACCCAAUCCGCCUCUCAUCCCAACCCUUCCAUGACCAUCCCAGAACGACCCGCGUCAAUACACGACCUCGCUGUGGAGGUCCUCGACCUCAUCUUCACUCUCGCUUGUACGGAUGGUGGUCACACAGGACGUUCCCUCUCUCUCGUAUCCCGCUCCUUCCGCAACGUCGCGCGAGCACCUCGCUUCACCUCGGUAUCCCUCACCCGGAUCAGGCACGUCUGUCAGUUCUUGUACUGCCUAGAAACCGAGCGCAAGGUUAGGAGGAUCCGAGUCCGCCACCUCUUCCUUUCGACAUGGAUGGACGGUGAGCAAGUAGGGCAGAUACGAAACGGUUCAAGGGUUCUUGAGCCCGACAUUCUUCCAUGUUCCCCCAUCCUCGCGUCCGCUACUGGCCCUUCGUGGCGUUUAUGGCCCAUCCUGCAAGUAGAGCUAGAUAAAAGGUUCCUCGAGCAACUGCCCCGCCUCUUCAAAGCCGUUGCAGAUGACCUCUACACGCUCUCCAUUGUGCAUUCCUGGGAGUUCGGCGCCAUCCACUUUCCGACAGCCUUCCCACUGCUUGAAGAGCUCACCAUAUGCGGCCCGCAGCCUACCUUCUCCCUCGGCAUAACCGACACUUCUUCCUGUUUCCCUGGUCUCGACAGACUGCACAUCGUGUGUCGCAACGUAUCCAUCGCACCCUGGAUAUGCCACGCGCCGGCUGUAUCCCUCCUUCGCCUCUCGGACGUCGGGCCCUCAGCAUAUCAACUAGCAUGUCAGCUCAGGGUCUUCUUGGGCCUUUCAGCUGCGCCUGCCGUUCGUCCUCUUCUCAAACACGUCAGGAUCCAGCCGCGCACGGCAGAGAGACCCUCCCCUACCUAUGACAUCGAGCAAAACAUGUUCCUCUGGCGACUGCAGCACGUACGGACAUACGACGACGUGUUCCUUGAAGUCAUGCAACAACGGUAUUGUGCUGAAGGUCACUGGAGUAGACGGAUCCGGCGCAAGUGGAGAGAAGGGUCGAAGAGGAUAUCCUGCUGGUGGCGAACAUGCGAGCAUGAGGAGGGGAGGGAGAUGGAGUGUGAUGAAGGGGUGGAUGACGUCGAGAUCGUUUAUCCUGAAGAUGUACAGCGGUUGCACCUGCUUCUCCACUACGGCAUCGCCCAUCGCCUAUGGUCAUCGCAGACCGCCCACUGCAGCGAGCGUCGGACCCUGUUCUCUCACGCGGGCCGCAAGCGUCACCGUCUCCCCACACCUCCUCACCUCGUGUCCACGGGACAAACGAGCGCCGUCACCGGCGGCGCCCGUCCGCGGCCUACGGCGCACCCGCACGCGCGGAACAGCGUCCGUCGGCACGAUUCCGCGCCGACGGGAACGGGAAAGGGAGGCCAGCAGGGGCCCGUGGCGCUGCGGAACUCUCGAGCUCGAGACGUCAUGGCCGCCGCAGGCGGACCCUGGCGGCGGGAGAAGACGUACUCGGACGGCGGUCUCGAGCGCGGAUGA